UGUUGCGUCUUCUGAGGUAAGUUCUGCAGGCCUGAUGGAGAAAAAUGAGGAGAUUGGAGAGGAGAAACAUCAUGUCAAAACUGAAGAAAAAACUUCCCCGCAGACUGAAAGUAUUUCUUCACUGGAAAGAGACAAGAAAUAUUUCAUCUGCCAUAAGUGUGGGAAAAGUUUCACACAACAAGAACACCUUAAGAAUCACAUGAUCAUCCACACUGGUGAGACACAGCAUAAAUGUGAUCAGUGUGGUAAAACAUUUUUGUGGGCUUCAGACCUAAAGAGCCAUCUCAGAGUUCAUUCACAGGAGAAACCAUAUUCAUGUUCUUUGUGUGGAAAGAGAUUAAAAUACAAACAGAGUCUUGUGUUUCACAUGAUGAUCCACACUGGAGAGAAACCGUUCACAUGUGAUCAGUGUGGGAAGAGAUUUAGACAAUCAUCAAGCCUUCAGGAACACAUGAACACCCACACUGGAGAGAAACCGUACGAAUGUGAUCAAUGUGGUAGAAUAUUUUCGAGGGCUUCAGGCCUAUCGACCCACAUGUUAGUUCAUUCACAGGAGAAACCACAUUCAUGUUCUUUUUGUGGAAAAAGAUUUUUACGUAUGCAGAGUUUAAAAUUUCAUCAGAAAACACAUACUGGUGAAAGAGAUCAUAAGUGCUUUGCAUGUGGGAAGAGUUUUAUUACCGCUAUGAAUUUGAAACUACACUGGAGGACUCACACUGGAGAGAAACCGUACAAGUGUUCACACUGCGAGAAGAAAUUCUGUCGGCCUGAAAAUGUGAAAAAACACGAGAGGAUCCACACUGGAGAGAAACCGUACAAGUGUUCACACUGCGACAAGAGAUUUCGUCUUUCAGGACACGUGAAAACACACGAGAGGAUCCACACUGGAGAGAAACCGUAUCACUGCACUCCAUGUGGGAAGAGUUUCACUCAAGUAUCUUCUCUACGCAGUCAUAUAAAAUACAAUCACAGGAAGUAGUUCAUCUUCAGAUCCGGCACUUUCAGGUCAGUGUCCUCACCGAACGUGACAAUAAUACCAUUGAACAGAAAGAUCUCUUCAGUAUAAAUCUGUGCUAAUCAGCCAACGAGCGACAGGAAAAAGAAACAUGAUCUAAACUUGUUACAGUGAAUAAAAUUCAUCUUCAAGAGCAGCAGUUUCAACUGUGAGAUUCACAUCGACUUAAAGAUGGAGUUCUUUUUAUUUUUAAUAUUAUUUGCUUUGUGGUAUGAAUAAAUAUCAUUAUACUUGA